UGCUAGAAUAGGUUGUUGUAUCUUACAAGCAUCAAACAGACUGUUUCUCUAACCAGAAUAGUGUAUACCCUACUUCAAAAGGAAAACUCAGGGCUGAUACCACCUUGGAAGAUACCGAUUAUCGCGCCUGUGCAGCACGACAUGUUCGGUAGAAGCAUCAUGAUCUUUACUGGCAAGAGAUUCAACACAGAUUUUGGGCUAAACUGGAUCAGCGUAUAGAUAAACUUCAUUGUCCAACCGAUGAAUUCUCCCGUAGAUUUUCAGAGUAGGUCAGGACUCCGGUACCUGGGAUUAGACGUACGUUCGGCAUACAUAGUGUCCUUGGCCUAAUGCAAUAGCAUCGUCGUUGCGAAUUUAUAACCUUAUAAGCUGCUCUGAUCUUUGUUUAAAGCCUUCCAGCGUUACUCUUUAGACGGGAUGGAAACCGAAAGAAACUUUGUUGCUCGCGCCCGCGCGUGUCGCAGCCACCAGGAUAUCCAGGAUGUCUACGCUCAAUGGGCCGACACAUAUGAUAGCGACCUGGUAAAUGGCGCGCACGACUAUGUCGCACCUGUCAUAGCUGCCGAAACAGCAUACCAGCUCCUCAGUCAUAACAGCGGAGCCGUGCUCGAUGCUGGUUGCGGAACUGGGCUGGUUGGAGCAGCGCUCGCCAAGCGCGGCGCCACAGCCAUCGACGGCCUGGACAUAUCUCCCCACAUGCUCCGGAUUGCGGAGACAUCGGGGGCAUAUCAUAACGUGUUCCUGGGGGACUUGACGAAAGAGAUUGCCAAGCCCAGCCAGUCGUAUGAACUGGUUACUUGUGUGGGCACGUUUACGCAUGGACACGUCGGGCCCGUCCCUGCACUGCGACAAUUUUCCCGGCUCCUGAAGGAUGGGGGUCACAUAGUGGCCACGGUACUAGAAGAGCUCUGGCUACCAGGCGGCUUCCAAGAGGAGGUCGGAAAGCUGGCGGCAGAAGGCCUGAUGGACGUCAUCAGCAUCGAGCUCCAUCCCUAUCUGAAGGGUCAAGACCGAGCACACGUGCUGAUUCUACGGAAGAAGAGAAAGAGGGUUUCAGUAUCGACUCUGUAAUA